UUUUCAAAAAAGAAUGCGUACCAAAUUGCGCACUCCACCCUCUGGCUAACAGACGACUGUAAUCACUUUCAUCUGCUUCAAUUUUCUGAUGUAUGUUUAGUCGAUUGAAAGAGCGUUUUGAGGUGAUAGCGUUGUCAACGCGAAGUUUCUACAGUGAAGAGAUCAUAAUGACAAGCGGAGAUAUCGUUUAUGACAACAUUCAUUUUAGACAUGACCCCAAAUGGAGCGGCCGGCUGGGGCCUGCGGAGGGGGGCGGCCUGCUGCUCUGUGUGGCCUGCGCCAUUGAAAUGAUUGAGAGUGACGAUAUUGCGUCAGUGAGGAAGUCUUUUGCCUUGUCUGGUAUCAGUGGGGUGCUGAAGUGUUCUCCAGGGGCCCUGAGAGAAUUGCUCCGGCAGGACCACAGAGUCUCUCUGCGUUUUACAGCAGCUCUACUAGGGAUGCUUCACACUGUGGAGGACCCGGACACUCUGGAAAAGGUUGGCCAAGUGCUGGUUCAGCUGCUUCUGGAGCUCCAGAGUGAGCUGUCACUUCACUUUGUUUUGGAUGAGAUACACAAACAGCUCAGUGAACAUCUUAGUGUGAAGGGUUUGCUGCCCAUCUUCAACUUCUUGGGGAGCCUAGUGGAAGCAGUCCCCGAUGUGGCCCAUAGUCUGGUGACUCAGUAUGCGCCCAUGCUGGAGCACUUGUUCUCGGCCUUGCGUUACCCAGAUGAAGCACUGAAGGCUGCGGUGCUGUACGUAUGGCUGAAACUGCUCGGGACAGCUGGGGGCUUGGCAACCCACUCCUUGCCCACUGCCAUCAGAGACAGAGUGUGUGUCCUGCUGCUGCAGAGCUUGGCCAAUGCCAGCUCCCCGCAACUCAUCAGCAACUGUGUUGGCUUGCUGUGGCUGCUGGUACAGCAAGGAGAAGCUGUGUCAGUUCUGAUGAACAGCCCCAGCAAUCAGAUCAUGUGCAGUGAGAACCAGAACAGCCACACCAACAACAGCCAAAACCAAGAGCAACAGUCCUCUGACCAUUGCCCUCUGCCUCUCAUACUGAAAAAGUGUGUUUUCCAGUUGUUGCUGAGUGGUGAUGAGACGUUGCAGACGGCCAGUGCAAAGUGUAUUGCAGGCAUUCUGGUUCAUUCUCCCAGUCAGUGCAGCGCUCCCUUCAUUAAGGCUGACGUACCUGAGUUUCUGUUUGACCGUCUGGCCAGUAGUAGCAAUGAGGUGCUCCUGUGGUCUGCCUACAGCUGUUUAAUGUUACUGACAGAAGACCCACUCUUCUUCUCCCAGUGUCAUUCCGUCUAUGGUAUUGAGUCCCUGGUGCGCAGUCUGAAGGAGGCUCUGCAGCUGACCAACCUGGAAGUACCAAAGCAAGGUCUGUUGCUUCUCACUGAGAUACUGGAGAGGCAGCCCCCUAGCGUGCGUCUGUUCCCCAGUGCUCCAGGGUUUGUGGCAGUUUCAGAGGCUGUAAUAGCUGGAGUAUCCUGCUCCUGCCUGCUGGUAGCUACACAGGCUGCCCAAGCUGCCACCGCCCUGUUUAGACUGAACCACCAGUCCAGACCAGUCCAGUACAGGGAGACUGAGGGAUUGAUAGAGGCCAUCACUAACAGAUUCUCUGAGCUGCCUUUACCCCCUCCUGCUCAUUGUCGAAGCUCUGGGAGUCUGAAGAGGUCUGAUCGCAGCAGGCAAGCUUCUAAGUCUGAGGGAUAUUUGCUCCAGGCCCUCAUCUGUUUUCAGGCCGCCUGCAGGUUUGCUGAGGAGUGUGCAUCAGAGCCUCUUCUGAAAGAGAACACAUUCACAGCUCCAUCCAAACACAGUCAUGCUCAUGACUCACUGGAGUCUCUGUGUCAAUGUCUUCUGCGCUGCUGUGACUCCAUCUGGAUACCCACUGUCAUUAGGAUGUGUGAGCAUGCACCCAAUGCUCAGAUACUACAAUACUUCUACUCAAUUCUUUCUGCCCAGUUCACCCUCCUUCCAUCUCUGAUGCCUGUCUUUGCAAAUAAACUAGCAUCCUCUGGUUUCUACAGGCUGGCUCUGGAGCACAAAGGGCUCCUCUGUGCAGGUAACAGGAACCCAAAUCUGAAUGCAUCUGCCUGUGGUUUUCUGCAGAAACUCAGUUUGUGUCUGCUCUCCCAGUCAGACCCUGCUUUCGGCACCUAUCAGCAUGAUGUGAAGGAGAUUGAGGACCUUCUCCUAUACAACCUACCCUCGCUGUGUUAUCGUCUGUCAGACUGGCCUUCUCUGCUGUGCGAGGCCCCGGGGCUCCAGCUGUGUGAAUAUAAAGGACCAAGGGCCACUCAGUACUGUCUAGUGAUCAUUCUACACCUUGCCUUGCAGCAAGGAGACAGGCUCCUCCCAGACCAGGCAGUGUUCUCCAGUGUGGUAUGGCUGUUACAUUCAGUGCAGGAGCAGGGCAGCUGUGCCCUGCCUCACUCUGUGCUCCGCUCUGCCCUCUACCUGCUGGCAGUGACUCAGGACAAGAGCCCCGACCUAGACGGGGGUCCUUUUAAUUGUAUCAGCAAGGCACUCUCCUCUUGCCAAAGCUUCUCUUCCCUCUACUUUCAUCACCCUGCACUCCUCCACUUUAUCUGUCGCUAUCCGGAGCUUGCAGAGAAAUUUGGUGCCCUGGUCUUGGAACUUUGGUUGGCCAAGCCAGCACAACACACAGAUGCAGAGCAGACUGUGGUACAGGAAGACAUACAGGAAAAGGGAGACAAGAGAGAAAGCUGUGCAGAUGAGAGGCAGGAUCAGGAGCCGGACACAGAAACUAUGGAGCUAUUGACUCUGAUGGAGAAAUAUCCAGCUGUCAUACUGACCCUCCUGGACAUGGUUUGCACUAGAGAGGCUCCCCUGGCAGAGCGAGCACUGGAGGUGCUGGAAGUUUUCUUGUGUAGUCAAAGAGACUAUGAGGCUGAUUUGUGUACCAAUCUUAGGCCAGCCCUGCUUCAGGCAUUACAGGGUUUCAGUGUGGAGAACAUGGGCCACGGAUUUGGACAGGAGCACACUGCACAGGUGGUGAACUCGCUCCCUCUGGUGCUGAGGCUGCUUUGUCUGACGCAGGCCAGUGACCCCUCUUCAUCUUCCCACAACAGUAAAAUGGAUGGAGUCCACUUCAAGCUACUCUACCAUGUGAGUAAUAUAGCAGGGAGGUUGAAGCCUACCAACACAGGGAGCCUGCUCCCUGCCCUCAGCUACCUGUCAUGCUGCCUGAGUCUGUCUCCUGCACACUGCACUGACAGAGCUGUCUCCAUGCUGCUCUCCAACAGUGGACUGAUGGACCAGCUGCAGACAGUCCUCUCCUCCUCCUCCUCCUCCUCCUCCCUCGCUCCAUCCCUCUCUCCAUCAGCCUGUCUUCCUCCAGCCCUGCUGUGCUGCAGCCAUCUACUCCUGUCCUCUCUCAUUACCUUGCAGCGCGUUCACUCUGCUCAGGUACAUAAGAGUAUCAGUUGGAGUCUGGACAGAGCUGUGCAGCAACUCCUUGUUCAGAAGAGAAACACAGAUAGUCUCUUGCUAGUUAGCUCUCUGAGGUUGUUGCAAGCUAUACUCGAUGUUGACCUUACAUCAGCCGUGGUGUGUGUGAGCAGUGGUCCUGGCUUGGUUGGACCUAGACCCCUGGGAGUCGAAGAUGGCGCUUUGUAUCCUCUCGGUUUCAGAGGGGCCCAGUGCCUCUCAACUGCUCUUGCUGGACUUCUUUUGCAGAAGCAUGAGCUGUUGCUGAGAGCCUCAGUCAACUGUCUGAGCUCCCUGCUGGGCUUCCUUCAGAGGAAGAGUCCCACCACAGCAAAGUACAUGGUGUGUCAGCGAUGGAGUCGAUUCCUCCUCCACUGCCUGCUCAGCUCAGGCGAGAGCUUCCUCCUGCACCCUGUCAUUCUUAGAGUCAUCACACUUCUCCUGCAGCAUGGCAGUAGAGCUGUGGUGUGGGAGCCUGACCUUCUCCAGGUGAUGGAGGCUGUGGAGAGGAAAGGGCUGAAGGAGCUCAGCAAGGAAGCAGCACAGGCCCUCAGGCUGCUUCUUACAGAGAUCCAGUGCACCGUCCUGCAGUCCCCACCCACAGAGGAUCACAUGCAGAGAGUGAGAAGUAUGAUAGAGUCCCUUGGCCCACAGGCAUCAGCUGAGAGCUGCAGUCCCAGUCUGCCUUGCAACGCCCUGUAUCCCUCACCUGAAGUGAAACACACUCUAAACUGCACAAAACACACAUGGACUAACAUACUUAUGCAGGCGCAUGCACUCUCACCUGUAAGGCAGCUACAGCUCACACCCCGCAGAAACCUUAAUCAUGCCUCUGUAAGUAUCUGACAAGUGUUAUAAAAGCUACAACAUAUGAAUGCACUCCUGAAAUGUCAGCAGAGAAUCUUCAUUGAUUUUUUUUCUGGUGAUUUAUUGAAUGCCUGUGUUGUGCUUUCUCACUUAAUCUCCUCGAAAGCGUGUUGUAUAACAUGGCGUUGUUACUGUAUUUCAGUCAGCGUUGGUACUUAAGGGCCGAGUACAUCUGUUGUGCUGAUUGACUCCCUCUCUCACACACAUACGCACACACACUUAUUCCUUUCACCCACCCACACACUCUCAUAUACUCAGUCUAUGUCUAUUCAGUUUGAUAUCAGCUCUGUUGGCUAUUGUUAUAAUAUAAAAACAGUCAUGUCCCACUAAUAGUAAAUAAAUAUGCCCAACAACUGUGUUUAAAGCAGUAAAAUGAUACAAAAAAUACUAGUUGGAACUAUUUUAUGCACAGUAAAAUCAAUGUAAUUGAAACCUAAUUAUAGUUUCCCUUUUGGAUCAUUCCCUUCCAAACAUUAGCUAUAUCACAUGUACACACCUACUCUGUCAUUUUGCUUCAUCAUUCCUUAACUACCACCUUCAGCCAUGUUGGAGAUGUGUCCAUUUGUCUGUCUGACUUUACAGUGAAAGCAGGCUGAUGUUUCAGCAAACUGAUUAUACUAUGCCGAUGUUGUUAUGCCAUCAAUUUGGCUACUUAUUUCUUGUUCAGUCAUUGUUACAUUUCAUUAAUUCCUAUAAUUGUGUUUACGUUCUGAUCUGAAGGAAGCAUCAGAGUGUCUGUGCUUCUUUCUAGGGCACAUAAUAGACAACACAGUCAGACACCGAUGCUCACUCGCAGUUUUUAUGUUUACAUGUUGAGUUUUGAAACUGUGGCGUGAUAGAAAUUGUCGAGCUGAAACUACCAUUCGUGUCAUUUAUUAUUUCUCUGUGGAUUCUGUAACAAGUCUUUAAUUCAAGCAAAGGAAGACUACUGUUAAAUUAAAAUGCUGCGAGUUCCAGGGGUUGUGAACAAAAGCUUGAAGGACACGUUUGCCGAUAUAAAAGCAGAAAUCACUAUGUGAGAAUGGGUUUGACAGUGGCUGUGAGGUGGUCAGGGGAAGCAGCUGUUGCUUAUGUGCUUGGGCAGUGUUAGUAAUGGUGGCAAAAGUAUGCAGAAAAUCUGUGGUCAUUUUUUUUCUCAAGAGGAUCCUUAACUGUAAUGUACACUGAUGAAAUUAUUCAAAUAUUCCAGGAAGCUAACAAAUGAUAAAUAAAUGCAUUUCAGGUGUUGUUUCAGUCAGAUAGAACA